CGCGGGCCCACGGCGCGCGCGGAGCGGCCGCCUGCGGCGGCGGCCGCGGGCGCGGUGGCGGCCGCGGUCGGAGGCUCCUGGGGCCCGCGCUGGCUGCCCCACAGAAGGUGCUGGACGCCAAGUUCUGGGAGGAUCUCACGGAUGCAGUCGCCUUCGACCGGCUUGGAACGGUGGAGUCAGAGUUUUUCGAGAAGCGGUCUUUCGACCACGGCAGGUGGCGGAAGCAUGCUUCCGUCUCAAGAUAUUUCCGUGACCUCCCAGGCAUUUUCAACGGUUCGACGACCAGUCGUGUGUGGCCCAUUCUUGUUCUGUUGUUGAUUUUUUCUUCUGGGGUGGAAUUGUACAGCUACCUCGCCGCCAAGAAGUUCCCGAACUUGGUCGAGUUCCAGCUGCCGCUCGAGCCCUUCGAGUUCACCUCCCCGCUGUUGGGGCUCCUGCUGGUCUUCCGCACCAACAGCUCCUACCUGCGGUACCAGGCGGGGUGCAGGUCGAUGCAGAAGAUCACCGGGGAGCUGUCCAGCCUGGUCCGACAGCUGCUGGCGUGGUCGGACGGACAGACGAGGAAGCCGGCCGCCGACGUCGACCGGACUCGGGCCUUCCCCCCCGGGGCGUGCCGCCGAUCCUCACCGCCUACCUGGUGCCGCAGGACAUGCCCGAGGGCCCCAGCGGCGAGGGUGCCGCCGCGCGGGCGGCGCUCAACGACAGGCUCGGCAGGCCGGCGGGCGCCCCGCUGACGCCCGCGCAGGUUCAGGUUCUUCUGUCCUGGGAGAUAAACCAGCUCCCGCACCUCACCGUGUUUCAGCGCAAGGACAUGGACCAGUGCCUGCUCGUCGCCGUGACGCGCGAGCUCGCGGACUGCGAGCAGUUGCUGCGCUCGCCGAUCCCCGUGGCGUACACGCGUUCCCUGCUGCGCUUCCUGUGGCUCUGGCUAACGCUGCUGCCCUUCGCGCUCAUCCUCACGUUUACCGAUUUCAACAAGGAAACGUUUUGGGAGGGGCAGCCGCUUUUCAUCGUGCCCAUCACCGUUGGCUUCAUCGCGCUGGUGUUCCUUAGUCUCGAGGACAUCGCCGUCCAGAUCGAGGAGCCCUUCGUGGUGAACAGACGGCAGCUGCAGAGAUUGGCCACCUGGUUCAGGCAAGACGCCGAUGGCAUGCGGGACGUGGUUCGCGCUCUGGAGGCUGCGCCCGCCUCGCAGCACAGCGCCGACCAUGCCGACGCGCAUCCUGAGACCAACCCGGAAUGUUGAGAAACGUGGUUCGUCGCGUUUUCCAUCCGAACCAAUCAGCGGAGAAUUUGGAAUUUGUUUCUCUGUUCGAUCAUCAUCCCCGCCCCUUGUCCUUUCCACGCCGCUUGGCCCUCCCCUCUGUCCACUUUUCGAUUCCUCUGUAUAGCGCGCGGUCAGGCACUCCACAA